AUGGGUGACGAUGUCGCCCCGCAUGCCCUGCCAGACGCCCCCUCUCGCGGGACGCCAGUGAGCCCACCGUCGCCUGGCCGCGCCGACCCCAACCUGCUGUCCUCGCCGCUGCUGGCGUCCGCCGGCAGUGCUGCGUCUGUCGCCAAACUGCCUCCCCGCCGCAAGCACUAUGCAAUUGGCGGCGGCAAGCAGAUUACUCGCACCCGCGUCAGCUACUCGUGCCAUACCUGCCGCCGCCGCAAGGUCAAGUGCGACAAGGUCCAUCCCGUCUGCAGCAACUGCCAGAAGAACGGCUCCGAAUGCGCCUACGACUCCCGCUCCCUAACCCACCGGACCCGCGUCUCUCAAGACCACCACCACCAACACCAGAACCGCUUGAAACGCCGACGGGAACGCUUGCCGGAGACGUCCCUCGCCGACCUUUUGUCCCCGUACACCGGUCUACAACUGCCCCAUGACGCCGGCGAGCACAAGUCCGGGUCCGAGCAGAUUGCCGCGAGACUGGACCGCCUGACGUCCAUGAUAGAGCGCCUAAGCCGGACAAACGGCUCGUUGACGCCCCAGGACAGCGAACCCAUUUUCCAAGGGAUGCGGUCGCUCUAUGAGGCCUCCGAACUGUCCCUCCGACAUGCCACAAGACCGGCCUCCGGCCCGCCUUCGAGGCCGCUAUCCAGGCAGUCCAGCCCGAGAAGACAGUCCACCGGCGGCAGCAAUCAUGAAGAUUUCCCAAUGCCAACCGGUCUGUCUACAGAUCUGGUGGACCCCGUGGGAACCCUGAAUCUGGGCCACUUGAGUUUGGAGGACGGAGGCAAAUCUCGAUAUGUUGGAACUACGUACUGGGCUUAUAUUUCCGAUGAGAUCAAUGAACUAAACCAACUACUCCGCGAUCAAAAUCGGUCACAGCAGCAGGCUCCUACUUCGCCCGAGCUAUCUUGGGAUGCACCGAGCGAGAUAUCGCACCCACCGUCUGGGCAAUAUAAUUUAGAAGGCAGCCAGAGAAUGUUAUUCCGUGACGAAAGCGCCCAGAAUGCCGAUCCUUUCUUGAGGGAUGACUCGCCGCUCUCUGCGGACCGACCCAUUCAAGCAGAAAUGCUCGAAAACGUUCCUUCGAGGCGGCAAAGUAAUAUUUUAUACAAAGGUUUCAUGUCUGGCAUCCAUGCUAUCAGCCCAGUAGUACACCCCCCUACCGUCCUGCGCCUCUACCAGUAUUUCUGGGAAUGGUACGAUUCGCGGGGAGUUUCGAGAAACCCCUACCCCGACCCCGCUUUUAUCCCGCUUCUCUAUGCAAUAUGGUACGGCGGUUCCGUCACAAUAUCCUUGCGAACCAUCCAUGCCGAGUUUGACGUUGGAAGUCGCGCGCAUCUGUCUGGGCCCUUCCACGAUGAAGUUACCCGAUGGCUGAAGAAAAUCACAUUCCCGCGAAAUCCCACCCUCCACGGGUUGGCUGCUUUUCUACUUGUUCAAACUAUUUUGUCCAAGGAGGAGGAGCCUCUGACAAGUAGUUUAUUCAUCAGUCUCGCCCUCCGAGUCGCCCAAACCAUGGGCCUCCACCGAGACCCCGCACAGUUUGGCAUCCUCGCGUGUGAAGCCGAGACGCGUCGACGGGUAUGGUGGCAUAUUGUCCAUAUGGAUGGCGUUGUUGCCAUGUCCAGCGGCCUGCCCCCUUUGGUGAGCGAUGAUAAUUAUUGGGACGUGCGUAUCGCCAGCGACGUCAAAGACACUUUAAUCGGUACUCCAGAAGCGCUCGAGUAUGAACGUGCUAUAGCGGAGAGUCGUAGAAACCCCGAUCGACCCAACGAUCCUAAUGUGUGCGGGAAUUCCAUGGUGAACGUAUACUACAUCUGUGCAAAGGGAAAAUAUGUUAUGGCGCGUGCCAUUCGUAAAAUCCUGAGGAUCCAGCUUGGUACAAAACCCGUUACCCGCAAGGAUAUGGAAGACCUACGGUCCAUUUUGAUGGAUCUUCAAGCCGAUCUACGCGGACUUGUUGAUAGGAUACCAAUUCCAAAAGUCGAUGCCGGCCAACCUGACCCUAAAUACCCUCCUGCUUCUGCUGGAAAUAAAUCUAUCAAAGCAGAUUUGCCUAACGGUGGUCCUGGAUGCCACGAGCAGUAUCAUACCUCAGUACUAGCCGCAUUUCAUAAAUGGGCCAGGAUUCUUCUAUCUUUAUUCGUAGACAAGGCAUUUUGUGUUGCCUACCAGCCUUUCUUGAAAAAUGCAAAGAGCAAAAUCUGGCCUGCAGCUCGUCAAUGUGCCCUCCACCAUUGCCACGGCUUUAUGGAAAAGUUCAUAUCUCUCGCCACUGAUCCAGAUUUCCAGCCCUUCCAGUGGAGUUGGCCUGGAAACCAUCAGCCAAUGCAUGCAACCAUGAUCAUGCUUAUCGAUCUCUACGAGCGACCAGGCACCCCUGAAGCCCCUAUUUCGCGUGCGUUCAUUGACAAAAUAUUUUCGCUCUCUGGGCCUGAUGGCGGCGUCGUUGGUGGUGAAGAUGGGAUAUCUACUGCUCGCCCUCUCAAGGACGGCGGCCGAGAGGCAUGGGAUAUGAUGCGGCGGCUUCGCGAAAAGGCCUGGCAAAAGGCCGGCCUUGAUCCAAAGGUUCUCUGGACGGAACAAGCCCAAGCAGCUAUUCCGCCUUCAAACUCAAAGGAGCAAACCUCUUCACCCGAGAACUUUGCCGACAGUUAUUUUGCAAUGAUCAAAAAGCCGUACGAAAAUCACAAGCCCCUGCAGCGCAGGUCAACGGAGAGGGAGGUGGCAAAAGAGCCUUUACGCAGCGAAAAUUCAACCGUAGGUGAUAUGCCACAUGUGAAAGCUGAAUCGUGGGCUGUAUCGCUAUCUAGCCCCAAUUCUCAACUGGCCGGCCCUUCGACCAUGUGGAACUGUUCACCGUCUCUCUCAGAAAUAGCGGCUUUCAACCCAGAAUAUAAAGCGCCGCAGGGUGGCGAUGCGAGCGGAUUCUUCGGCGGCUCCAAUCAGUUCUGCCAUUCAAACAACAUCAGCCAGGCACCCCAGCGUAUUCCUUCUGCAGAAUAUCAGGGCGAGCACAGCUUCAGCUCGGGCCAGACAAUUGUGCCGUUUUCGUCCGGACCUGCGGGACAAAGUCGGGUGGAUCCAAAUCACAAUUUUGACUGGGACCAAUGGGAUGCUGUUUUUGGACAGUAUUUGCCCGUCGUGGAGGGCAUGGACCUAGAUACGCCCGCUGAAAGCCAUGGUGGUCAGGGGCAUGGUCGUGAUGUGCGAAUGUCUCGAAUGCCCUUCAUGGGCGCAGAACUGGGGCUUGAUGAGACCGUGAAUUCUGGGGACAAAAUGAGGAAUUGGGCUGACUUUGGCUGA